AUGCAGCCAUGCCCGUGCCCAAGCUGCGCCACCUCGCCUUCUCCGCCGACGGCGACUUCCUCGUCAUCUCCGCCGAGCACCACGGCGGCCUGGCCGUCUUCGACCCCGCACAGCUCCUCCGCCACAACUUCAAGCCGGGCAACGAGAUCCCCACCGACCACGUCGCCGUCCGCUCGCUGCUGCCCAACCCCACCCCCGAGCGCGAGCACAUCUUCGCCGCCGUUCUCGACAGCGGGAAGCUGUGCCUCGUCGACGUCGUCACGGGCGCCUCGCACACCCUCAGGCAAGACGGCGUCGUGUGCGCCUCGUGGAGCACAAAGGGCAAGGCGCUGGCUGUCGGCCUCAAGGACGGCACCGGCGUGCUGUACCUCAACGACGGCACCCAAAAGGCCGUCAUCCCCCGCCCCCCCCGCCCUCAACGAGGGCUUCACCUACUCUGGCCUCGUCUGGCUCGCCAACGACGAGUUCUUCAUCGUCCACUUCCCCAAACAGUCGGCCAUCGACACAGGAGAGCCAGAGGAGGGCAGGUACCACUACGUCAGGAGCAGCAGGGGCUGGACAUCCUUCUCCUUCCACCCAACGCCGGAAGAGCCCAUCCUCCCCGCCUGGGAGAUCCCCCCGCGCGCAUUCCCCCCCCGCCUCUCCGUCACCCGACUGCGCAGCUGGGAGCCGGAUCUAGACGACCUCCUCAUCCUGACCAACUCGCAUUCCGACACCAUAGUCACCGUCACCUCGGCGAGCAAAGAACUGUCGAGGGGCCAGCCCGUCAACGAAUACACCCUGACGGACCUCAACGAGGGACAGGGAGCCUCCGUGCCGAGGAGGGUCUUUGGCGAGGAGGGCGACAGCGUUCUGAUUGGAGAGGCUUUGGAUCUCUCCGCGACGGAAAAGCUGCUGCGUCCCAUCUCCACAAACGAAGACAUCACCGAAGCCCCCCAUCCUCUGCCUGCCUACAUGUUCCUCACCCACCAGGGCAUCUUGUCGGCCUACUGGGUAGUCUGGAAUCGAUCCAUCGUCGAGGGCAAGCGCUACCCUGGCCUGGUCACGCCCAGCAACGUGACAGCGACUUCAAACACACCGGCUGUCCCUGCAAAGGCCACCUCGCCAUCGAAGAUCCCAACCCCAGGAGGCGCAAGCAAUCCGUUCAGCAAGCCCGCAGCAGCAGCAGCAACAACAACAGCAGCAGCAGCAACAACAGCAGCAGCAGCAACAACAACAUUGGGAGCCCCCUCUACACCGUCAGGUCCCAAGCUGGGAGCCUCUCCGUUUGCGUCUGCCACGCCCGCCGCCUCUUUUGGCCAACCUGCAUUCCGUUCAACCACGCCAGCCGCUACUUUUGGCCAACCUUCCCAACCCGCAAGUGCCACGCCGUUCGGACAGCCAGCCAAGCCAGCCUUUGGCGCUCCUUCCGCGAUAGGUUCCUCGAGCCCAUUUGGCCAGCCUGCAGCCGGUUCCACAACGCCUGCCUUCGCACCCUCGUCGAAGCCUUCUCUCGGCCCCGCAACAGGCUCCACACAGCCAGCGUUCGGCCACACGUCAGAGCCAACCUUUGGCGCGUCGUCUGCCAUCGGUGCACCUGGUGGGACUGGUUUCGGUGCGGUCGGAGGACUGGGCAGGGCAGCAUCACCGUGGGGCUCCGCAUCGCCGCAGACGAGUUCGACACCAGCAAGCAAUCCGUUCGCUUCGGGAGCUGGCUCCUCUGGGUUUGCCGAAAUCGGUCAGCCAACGACGGGGACAGGCUCUGGCUUCUCGAGCUUUGGCAGCACCAGUGGAGGUCAGUCUGGCUUCGGUGGCCUUGGGCAGCAGAAGUCUGCAUGGACUGGUGCCUCGAACACAUCCUCCACCGCACCAGCAGGCUUCAAGGCCGAGCCGAGUUUUGGGUCCACCGUCACAGUGGGUUCAGGCACGGGCUCUACGCUGCCUUCCUGGGGAAACACGCCAGCGCAACAGUCGAGCUCCCUCUUUGGCCAGAAGACGACCACUUCUUCCUUCGCUACCAACUCGUCCUUUGCCUCUACAGACAGCGGCGCCGACACGCAACAGCGCAAGCGCGACGAGGUCACGCCCACGCCCCAGCCAGCCUCGGCGCUCAACGGGCUCGCAGGUGGGUUCAAGCUGGGGACCACAUUCGCAAGCGACGGAUCAGCCAAGGAUGACCCGGCGAAACCCGCAGCGCCUGCUCCUGGCGGUUUCUUCGGGAGCGACUUCUCUUCGAUGCUUCCCAAAUCAGGCCUACAGCCCCCGCCACACCCGGAGACAACGGAUCGACCACACCACAAUCACCGCCAAAGAAGACCUCUUAUUUCCCAGGCACAACACCAAAGGCACCACCACCGGCGAAGAAAGAGCCACAGGACGAUGCGCCGCUGCCACCGGACUUUACAGCGAAGAAAAAAGCCGAGCCCGUCGAUGACCCUCUCCCACCCGAUUUCAUCACGACCAAGCCAAAGUCGGAACCUGUAG